AUGGAAAGUGGCAGUAAGAGCAGAAGCUAUUCGCUAUCUCCACCUUCAGAACAGUGGCGAAAAGAAGAACGAAAUAAACGUGGAUUUUUUUGUACCCCUGCUCUAUUGAUGAUUAGUGCAGUAGUCAUCGUUGUUUUUCUUAUAAUCUCCUGCCUUUCAACCUACUGGAUUACUCGAGCACAACUGUCUGAGAUUAAAGAUAAUGGUCAAAGCAGUGGAAAUUUGCAAAAGCCGACUUUUAUCACUAUGGGAGACUUACGACUUCCGAAAAAGCUGAAACCAGCAUCGUACACUCUGGUCAUGAAAAUUUACCUACCUUUCUAUGUCGACUUUCCAACCGAAAAAAAUCUCACUACUGAUGGAGAGGUCGUUAUUGAUAUGGUCGUUUUGGAGCCAACCAAUUCAAUAACAUUAAAUAUGAAAGAUACUCAUAUAUUAUCAGACAAAUGCGAAGCACAGUUGAGUGACGGGCAGAGAGUUGGUAUCACAAGCAUAGCAGUCUUAGAUCGUCUUGAAAAAGUUAUCUUCAUUCUAGAUAGAACACUGCGUCUUGGUGAAAAUGUUAAGCUCAAGGUAACUUUCACUGGCGCCGUCAACGACGGGUUCUUUGGAGUGUACAGAAAUAAAUACAAAGAUUCGAAAGGAAAUGUGAAAAUCGCUGCGGUAACGCAGAUGGCGCCAGCAAAUGCGCGACGAAUGGUACCUUGUUUCGAUGAACCGGAAUACAAGGCAACGUGGAAUGUGACUAUUAUUCAUCCAAUUGGAACAAGAGCAAUUGCCAACAGUUUCGAAAUCAGCGAAACUACACUUGACCUUGUUGAGAUUGAGGAUGACGUACGGUUCCUCGCCGUAAUGGUGGGAUAUCGUUUUUCUGAAUGGAAGGCCUGUGGAAACACAUCCAUCCCCAAUCAUUUGGUUAGGUAG